AUGGAGAGCGGCGGCUCGGGGAGUGCUCAGCUCGACGGCGCCGCCAGUUGUGGUGAGGACCAAGACGACGACCUCCUCUUCGCGUCACAGCAGCAGCCGCAGAACCGACAGCAGCAGCAAAACGGCAGCCAAGCCAAGAAGAAGCGCUACCACCGUCACACCGCCCACCAGAUUCAAGAAAUGGAAGCGUGAGCGACCCCCAAACUAUUACCGAAAACUUCAAGAAUAAUUCGGUGUACACAUACAUUAGCUUUAAAUGUACGUGGUUUCGUAUUUUGAUGUCUGCAGGAUGUUCAAGGAGUGCCCACACCCGGACGACAAGCAGCGGCUGAAGCUCAGCCAGGAGCUGGGCCUGAAACCACGGCAGGUCAAGUUCUGGUUCCAGAACCGCCGCACCCAGAUGAAGGUUAGGGUUUCGACAAUCCCCUUUAAUACAUCCCUCUCUCUCUCUCUCCCUCAAUUCCCAAUCUGCUUCGGUAACGCUCGAUGCGUUCGGAAGAUCCUCCUACCUGCUAAUUAAUGCUGCGAGGGGAGCGAAAGGUAGAAAAUGGAAAGGAGAGAGUAGCAAACGAGUUUUUUGGAGGGCUGGGGGUCUUCGCACGUGCUUCAUCGCAUGAUUCCGAAGCGUUGGCACGCUUGCGUACCACCUCUUUUUGGUUCUUUCCCUAUUCUCUUCCUCCGUUUCCAUGGCGACGAUAAUAACAAUAGAAGGAGAUGGUGCAGGCGCAGCAGGACCGGGCCGACAACGUAAUGCUUCGGGCGGACAACGAGAGCCUGAAGAGCGAGAACUACCGCCUCCAGGCCGCCAUGCGCAACGUCAUCUGCCCCAGCUGCGGCGGCCCCGCCGUUUUUGGCGAGGUCUCCUUUGACGAGCAGCAUCUCCGCCUCGAGAACGCCCGCCUCAAAGACGAGGUAAAGAAGGGAAACCUACAAGUUCUUCAUUCCGGGGGUUCGCACGUGAGAGGGAUCUCGACACGGGUGAGACACCUCUUCUGGGCAAAGCGCGUGAAUUGAUUGCUCUCCGUGCAUGCACAGACACGUGCGUGCUCUUCUCCUCCUCGACCCUUCUGCAUGUGGAGGGAGUUGGCGUGCAGAGAGAGAGAGGGAGAGAGCACAGUGGCCUCUCCGUCCAUUUCGCUAUGAUUUGUAGUGGCUAUACGCCCUAAUCCAAUAGAAGGGAGAGAGAGAGAGAGAGAGAGCGAGAGCGAGAGAUCUACUCUCAUCUCUCGUAGGAGGUUCCACAUCUUCUGCGGUUUCAUGGCUUUAUCCAUGAAACAUAGAGACCCAGCUGACGAGUUUCAUCUGUGUUACCAGCUGGAGAGGUUGUCGUGCAUCAUAUCGAGGUACGGGCACCGAACCGUGCCGCCACUGGUUGCGGGGACGUUGCCGCCGCCGGGACUGCUGCUGCCGCCGUCGCUUGACCUCGACAUGGGCAUCUACGCCCGCCACUUCAGCGAGCAGACGGUUAUGAACCCCUGCGCCGACGUCAUGACCACCCUCUCCUCCCGCGCUCCCGGUUUUGCGGCGGCAGGGAUGACGGAAGCUGGUCAGCAGGUUGACUUCCAGAGCGAGUUAUUCAUCAUGGACCAAGACAAGACCCUCGCUCUGGACCUAGCCAUGACGGCGGCAGAGCAUCUGGGGAGGUUGUGCCGCAAGAACGAGCCGCUGUGGAUCAGAGGAGCCGCGGGUGGCGGUGGUUGCGGCGGCUACGAUGUGUUGGACCUGGACGAGUAUCAUAGGGCGUUCCAGUGGCCAGUUGACCUAAAGCAGGGGCAAGGGGGCAUCGAAUUCAGAAUCGAGGCGACGAGGGAGAGUGCUCUCGUCAUCAUGAACAGCAUUACACUGGUCAACUCCUUCAUGGAUGUCGUAAGUAUCUAUCAUAAAGUCGCCAUACGUUAGUCGACCAUUUUAUCGACCAUUUUAUCCCUGUUGAAUUCUAAUCCUCAGAAAUGCCAAUAGAGGGUAGUAUAGCCUCGUCUCUACGUUUUAGUCCGGAUUUCUCUUUUUAACUCUCUCUCUCUCUCUCUCUCUCUCUCUCUCUCUGGUUAUACGUCCAGAACAAAUGGGUAGAGAUGUUCCCUUCUAUCGUCUCGAGCGCCAAGACCAUCCAAGUGCUUUCCUCUGGUAUCUCAGGCCACGGGAAUGGCUCUCUUCAUCUGGUAAUCCUCAUUUUAAGUUGACUAAUUUCGUAAUUCCUAUGAAAUUUCCAUAGAUUCGGAACGUUCCACUGGCCUUUGCGCCCACUCACACGCUCUCUCUCUCUCUCUCGAUGCAGAUGUACGGCGAGUUCCAGUUUCUCUCUCCUUUGGUACCCAUGAGAGAGGCUUACUUCUUCAGGUAUUGCCAGCAGAAUGCCGAGGAGGGGACCUGGGUAGUGGUGGAUUUCCCAGUUGAUGGCUUCAAUGAUGGGCUCCAAGUUCCUUUCACUAGAUACAGAAGGCGUCAUUCAGGCUGCGUUAUUCAGGAUAUGCCGAAUGGGUACUCCAAGGUGAGCCCCAUUUGCAUGCUUUCCAAUAAAGAUUUGAGAAUCUUAUGACUGGUGGGUUCUCUAGAACGUUGAACGGUAUUUUUCUAUUUAAUUUUUAAUAUUAAAUUAUACGGCUGUUACAUGUGUUUUUCUGUGAAUUACUGUGAUUUCUCCUUUAAUAUGUUUCUCUGUUUCCGUUUCGGUUCUCUGUGUCAAAGCUUUGGGUGAGCUUGAAAAACUUAGGAAGAUUUAGCCGGACAUGGGAUCAAAAUAUUUAGUUGAAGCAUACUGGAAAAAAAUGUAAAAAAUAAGGAAUUAAGAAUAAAAAUGUAAGAAAUUAUUCGUAGAAAUAUUAUUAUAUUAACUUUUGGUUGUAAGAAGUUCCCAUUUCACCUAAUACAUUUUUUUUUUUACAAUUAUCAUUUUUUGUAUAAUUACAAUAUGCAUGUUCUUGACGUUUCCUUAUAGAUUUUGUCGCUCGAAAAUUGAGGGAUUACACUAGAUCAAAGAAACAUUCCACAGUUUAGUGCGCGCGCGCCAUCUUUUUGCCUGAUUUGAUCGAAAAUAUAGGGAAGAUCGCCUGAAAUGGAUGACAUCUGUACUUUCGUUUGGAAUCAGAUCGCCUGAAAGGGAAGACGGUUGCUAUCUGUCUCUACUUAUUGCUCAUGGUUAAUGAGACUACAUACGCCAUCUUCAUGCGCGGUCCACACUGCAUAAGACAGCUCUGAGUCUAAAUAAGAGCAACCGUCUUCAUUCAGGUGACGUGGGUGGAAUUCGCCGAGGUUGAAGACAAGCCCGUGCAUCAGAUAUUCAAUCAACUCGUCAGCAGCGGCAUGGCCUUCAGCGCGCAACGAUGGUUGGCGGUCCUUCAACGCCAGUGCGAGCGUCUUGCCAGCCUCAUGGCGAGAAACAUUUCCGAUCUUGGAGGUACUUAACAUCGAUGAACCUUAAUCUAUAUCUAAAUAAAACUUUAGGAAUAGUCUCACAAUCAUUUGACCGAGUGUUUGGGACUUCUUCCACGCAUUGUCGGUUGAAUCGGCCCUCGAUACACGGACUAUUAUGAUACAGAACCACAAUCUACUUUGAAAUUCGCGUUUAUCUCGACCCCUCGCGAACGAUUUUUUUUCAUACGUUCGGUUUAUUUAUAUAAUUUUGAGCGGAGAAGCCCUAGGUAUUUAACCAGCGUCUAGUAUUUUCCCUUCGAGAAUGGAACUGACUCUUCAUGAUGUUUCAUGCUGCCGUGAAAACGAUCUACUGAGAAACCCUUGUUUAUGGUGGCAUUGCCCAGAUUUCCGGCCGACUCCCCGCGUUUUUGUGUCCUGUUAUUGUUAUGAUACCGGGGCCAUGGACGGAUGAUCUUGAGAGAAACCCGUGUUUAUCAUAACCUACUCUUAUUGUUUUCUAGAGUAAACAAUCGUUUAUUUCCGAAUGAUCUUGGAGGUACGUCCCCGCUUCUCCACCACGUCCAGGUGGUUUAUCAAGCAUGGGAACACAGUAAUAGAGCCACUCUUGUGACGAUAGUGCAUGUUCUUCGCUGUUUUCUCAUAUAUUCCGUCUCUUUUCCACUCAACAUGUUGAGGAGACCAUAACCAGGUCAUUCCUGCCACCAUAUUCCACUCUGCGGAAGAAUAGUUAAUCCAGAAAUCCGCUCCUGAGAAGAAUCUGCCAUUCCUGUUUUGAUAUUGCAUUUGUAGAAGAAUCUAGUGAGAAGCACGUGCUUGUUACAACCUUUAUCCACCAUUUCUGAUACGUUGGAAUGGUUAUUGCCCCAGUGAUCCCCUCGCCAGAGGCCCGGAGGAACAUGAUGAAGCUCUCCCAGAGGAUGGUCAGGACCUUCUGCAGUAACAUCAGCUCCUCGGCUGCACCGUCAUGGACGGCACUCUCAGAUUCGUCCGGAGACACGGUUAGGGUUACGACCAGGAAGAACAUGGAACCCGGCCAACCCAACGGCGUCAUUCUCUGUGCAGUAUCCACAACGUGGCUGCCCUACUCCGCCGACCAGGUGUUCGAGCUUCUGACGGAUGAGAAGAGGAGAUCCCAGGUUCGGCCGCAGCACUUGGCCCUCAUUUCUAUCAGAGUGUUUAUUGAUAUUUCUGAGAAGUCGAUCCCGCUGAGGCUGAUGUUGAUCUCCGGCGUUGAAUGUGCUCCAGCUGGACGUGCUCUCCGGGGGGAACUCGCUGCAGGAGGUGGCUCACAUCGCCAAUGGAUCCCACCAGCGGAACUGCGUCUCUCUUCUCCGCAUCAACGUAAGAACAGUUAGAUUUCUCGACUCCUCUUAUUAUUCUUCUCUCUUCUGUCUCUAUUUUGGCUCCUCAAGUUUUAUCGUAAGCUCAAGAAGGGCUUCAGAUGAUGCUCAAUUAGUCUAUCUUCUCCCAAUUCAGCCCAGCUCUUCCUCUCCGAACUCAUUCCCCCUCCUCGUCUCUGGGAAAGAAUAGGAAGACUUGCAUUCAAUCUCGCGAAGAGCCUAAUCCGAUGUUUUUUGGGUCUAUUUUCUCCCAGUCUAACGUCUCUCGUCGAUCCCUAAACAUCUCUUUCGUCCUCUCUGUCUCUCUCUUUAAAGAAGAGGGUUUAUUCCACAAGACGCUCGAGACAGGCAUAAUCUGAUGCUUUUUCUAGUCCACUUACCCCCAAUUAAGCACCAUUUCUCCCAAUUCAGCGUAGCACACCCGAUAAGCUAGCGGCGUGUUCUUUAGCGCUGUUUUAAGUCCGUUUUCUCACAAUCCAACCAGGAUAUGUAGGUCUUUUAGGUUUUCGGAAGAGUUCAUCAGUCUCCCUUCUUUCUGUGUGGGGUAGCUGGACAGCUAGGGUGGUGGGCGGGAGGGCUUGCGAGGUGGGGGUUCCUUGGUCGUCUGAAUUGACAGCAACAGUAAAUAAGCCUCAGAAGGGUUGCCGAGGGGUCUUCAAGUUUGUCUGCGCAGUUCAUCUGUCAGAAAUCUCACCCUCUUUCUUGCUGCACUGUUGUUGGUCUUCGAUUUAUUCUCUCUCUCUCUCUCUCUCUCUCUCCCAUUCUCUCUGUGGGUGGUGCAGGAUCUAACGUGGGUUUAAUGCAGGCUUCUAGCAACUCGUCCCAGAACGUGGAGCUGAUGCUGCAGGAGAGCAGCACCCACCCGACCGCCGGCAGCCUCGUCGUCUGCGCCAACGUGGACGUGAACGGGAUCCAGCUGGCGAUGAGCGGCGAUGACCCCUCGUGCAUUCCGCUCCUCCCCAUGGGCUUCGUCGUCCUCCCCGCUACGGCGAUCCCCGAGGACGCCACUGCCGGUGGGGCCGGCGCCGGCGGCUGCCUCCUCACCGUGGGCCUCCAGAUCAUCGCCAGCGCGAUACCCUCUGCCAAGCUCAACCUCUCCAGCGUCAAUGCCAUCAACAACCACCUCUGCAACGCCGUCCACCAGAUCAGCACCGCCCUCGCCGGCGGCGCAGGGGCCGACCAGGCGGCGCCGCCGCCCUUCCCGGAGGUCAAGUGA